CCAGACCCGGGAUUGAACCCGGGCCGCCGAGGUGGGAAGCCAGCGACUAACCGCUUGAGCUAUGACGCAGCCAUCUUAGAAAUCUAACUCGCGGAGCCGAGUCCACCCAAGAAUCUGGAACAUUAUAUGGAACUCUAAGGUUCAUUAUCGUGUUCACAAAAGCCCGCCACUGGCCUCUAGGGAAACGUGCUUUUUCCUUUCAAGGAAUGGAAGUAGACUAAAAGUCAGCAAUUACUGGAAUGUGCCGGGUAAAAAAGACUAUUUCAUUAUGGGCGGAGUUAAUUUUUUUUAACUAAUUCGUCUUCUGUCAAACACGAUACGGACCCAUUUCAUUUUCUGAACUGUGGGGUAUUUGAAUUGGCGGUAUUUUAUACGUCUUCGGUAGAAAGGAACAAUUUUUAUCUAUUGGUUGGAUCUCUGCGGAAGACGACUGUCACAUGUUUCGGUUCCGUGGAGGCAGAAUCGUCCACCCAGCGUGGUUCGAAAUUGUAUUUUAUUAUAAUUAAUGUGAUACGGCUUAUAGAAUGUGUUACGUUUUGUAGUUUUUUAUGGUGGUGCUCUUGUGUGAUUAAAUUUGUGAUCUUCCCACUCACUAUAAUGCCUGACUCAUCUGUUCCUAGAAGUAUAUCGUCAUGUGCAAGGAUGUUUGGCUCCUACAAAUAAAUGGCAGAAGCGAAGUCCGUUCGAGACACUGUGAAACACAUGCGGUCAUCGUCUGUCAGCUAAUUUGGGAACGCAGAAUUGUGCGUUUGCGUAAGUGUGAUGGGGCCGAUGGGAGCGAGGGGGAGGACAUACUGGGAGAAAGGGAGCGAGAGCACGUGUGGCGCGAGGCUGUGUUCUGCAGGGGCGUCAUGGUGCCCCUUCUGGGAGAGUGCUACAUCCAACCCCCCACUGCUGCGUGCAUGGACCGAGCAGAAGUGAGGCGCCUGGACCAGAUCUUGCGGACACAACGGCCAGCCCACCGACAUCACAAGAGUCUGCAGUUUGGCUACGUCACUGUGUAUCCGGACUAUGCACUUCUUCCAGUACACUUAAGUAUACCACCAAAUUUAUCUCCCACAUCUGAACUUCUGCCUACAUUCUGUGUGGAAGUGAAACCCAAACAGGGGUGGGUACCUGCUCCUGAUCGGCGCUUGCCCAAAUGUACCUUCUGCCUUAAUCAGUAUCUCAAGCUGAAGAACGGCAGCAUUCGUAGCCAAAGUCUGUAUUGUCCUCUGGACCUCUUCUCAGGGAAUCAUUCAAGAAUGAUGAAAGCCAUCCGGGCCUUGAUUACAACUCCACAGAAUAAUCUUAAAAUCUUCAAGGAUGGUGUUCUUAUGUAUGGGGAGGGUGCUUGCAGUGACCUAUCCACUGUGUUGCAGAGUUUGUUUUGUGAUCCAGUAGAGCCUCUUGAAGCAACUGAUCUACCUAGCCUAGCGGACAAACUUUGCUGCCUUGUGCUAGAAGCACUGACUUGUGAUCUCAUGGGACGUGAGAAGCUAAGUGAUAGUGAGACAGAUAAUGAAAGUGAUAGCGAUGUUGCACUGUCAGAAAGAGGUUGCCAAGGCCUCCUGAAUCCCAGUUCUUUACCAGCUGGCUAUGAGAGCAAUAGCUGUUGCAGAGUGUCAGGUCUUGGCCUGAUAGAUCGAAUUCCAGCGGCACUGGUUGCAGCCGUGACCCCACUUUUACCAGCACCGCCUUGUGACUGGGCUGCCCAGCCUCUUCCAGUUGACUGCAUUCUUUCUCAUAUUUUGCGUAUUCAGAAGCUGGAACAAACUGGGGCAGAUCGAGUUUAUGAAGCAUACAGGACUCUGACACAUGUGCAUCACCUCAGAGCAGGGAACUUGACAGCAAGUGAUUAUGGCUAUGUUGCCAGUAUGCUGGGUAUAGGAACUGGUGCUGAACCUGGACUUUCUCCUCUAUGUCACUAUUUGCUUGCUACUACAGCUAAGGACUGCUCCAUCAUGCUGGCCUUUCAGCGGUUACCCAACCAUGAUUGCAGGAUUUGGAAUCACAUUCCUGCCCGCCAUAUUGUUCGAGACACUGAUGGUUGUGGUUACAUUAUGAAUGUUGGAGUCACAGACCUUGAUCCCAAGCCUUUGUCAUGCAUUGAGAAACAUCGUAAGCGAGACUGUGAAGUUUUGACAGCUUGCCUAGAGUUGCUGAGGCCUCAGGCAGGUAGUGAAGGGGAAUCAGUUUGUUGAGCAAACUUGUUCAUUUGAAUCAAAAUGCCUUAGAUCUUAAUUUGUCAUAGUGAAGGUAUGUAUGAAAUAUGAGUGAAAGCGCAUAUCAGAAAUUGAAAUUGACAGCUGAAUUAGCAAUGCAGACCCAUGAACUUUUUCAGUAUUUGAGCCGUGCCUAUAAGAAGUGUGCAAUUAUAUCACUGCCACGUUUUAAUUAUUGGUUUUAAAAAAUCCUGAUAUCUCUAGAAGUGACUUUUUGUAGAACAAAACCUAAUUUAAUUUGCUUGUGGUUCAUUAAACAUGAUCCACAAACUUGAAUCCAUUUGAACAUCAUCAAAUGCCAAGAACACAAAUCAUGAAGGGAUUCAGUGGGCCCAAUAAAACCCCAAUAUACCUUUAAAUUUUAGAGUACAUAAUACUUAUUAGGCAUUCUUGACAAAAUAAAAAAGACAAAAAACUAUACCAUAUGUGGAAGCCAUGUCUAGCCUUCUGUCUGCGACCUAAUAUCAGCAACUAAUCCUUGAACUGAUUUUUCCUUUGGAUAAAUGUUGGUGAUUUUAUUGAAAAUUGCGAGCAAUUCGAAUUUUUAACCAUAAUGAUUCAUAUAAAUUUUACUUUUGCAAGGUCAUAAGUGAACUUUUUUCUGUACAUCACAAACCAUUGCUCAGGCUGGGCAAAAUUUGAUAUGCAGGAUCUACAAAGGUUGACAAAGUAAUGUAAACACUAAGAAAUUGAGGAAUGGAAUCUGUUGUGUUGGUUACAUUGAAAGAACUCCAGUUGGAAACACUGAAUGUUCUUCCAUUUGUUUAUACUCUGUAGUGCUCAUGUCAGUGCAUUAGUGACCGGUUAUUGUGUUGAGAGACAGUCUGUAUGAAAGAAUCAGAAAAUAGGAGACUUGUCCGAUUGUGAAAGAGGACAGAUUGUUGGUGCGCAUUUGGCUGGAGCAUCUGUGACAAAAACUGCCACAUUAUUAGGUGUAUUGAGAGCAACAGUUCCCUAGGUUAUGUUGGCAGACACGAACCAUGGGAAGACAACAUCAGUGAAGAGGAACAGUGGAUGAAAAUCAACUUUACAGAACAAGAUAGAUGUACAUUGAGAAGGACUGUUUAAAAAAAUCACACAACUACUGCAGUACAGGUGACAGCAGAAUUGAACAUUCAUCUUGAAGACCCCUUUUCCACAAAAACUGUCCGAUGUGAGCUUCACAAGUCUAACAUCCACAGUAGGCUGCAAUUGCUAAACCUCAGAUUACUGAAAGUAAUGCUCAGAUGCAUAUAUGAUGGUGUCACUGCCAUAAAUCUUGGACGUCAGACAACUGGAAAUGUGCAUGUGAUAUGGUCAGUUGGGUGAUCCUUCAUGCUCUUCCCUAUAUCAGGAAGAAUUUAAGUUUCGAGAACAUCCAGGGAAGAAAGACUACACUCUGGAAUGUGUGGUUCCAACAGUGAAACACUAGGGAGGUUCUGUGAUAGUUUGGGCAGCAAUAUUAAGGUACAGAAUUCUGUUGGUCCCAUUAUAACCUUUCAUGGCUGAAUUACUGCAAGGGAGUAUGUGGAUGAGUUGGGUAAUCAGUUGCAUCCCAUGAUGCAGUUUUCCAAGAUGACAGUGUCCCCAUUUACACAUCUGGAACUGUUCAGUAAUGUUCUGAAGAGCAUGAAGGUGAAUUUCAUCAUAUUCCCUGGUCAGCACAAUCACCACAUUUGAACACCGUUCAACUAUGCCGGUCAGUUUUGGAGACUGGAGAGUAGAUUAGACUAGAGCAUGGGUCUCCAAACUAUGGCCUGCGAUGUGAUUUUAUCCAGCCCACGAAAGAAUUG